CAUGGACAACACCAAACAAUGUAUUGUGAACAAACUGAUCCUGAGUCAGCACUUACAUAAAAACAUCGUUCAGGAAAGGCAGGAAGUCAAACUUGUCACUAACUGACAAAACUUGCAGACACAAACAGCAGACGUAGCUAACGUAACAUUUGGAAAAAAGAAAUUAGGACUUUUUUCCUACUCAUUUUGCCAGCUAGCUUUUAGCGAUGGACAAGCUUCGUCGUGUGUUAAGCGGACAAGAGGAAAAUGAAGAGUUGGGUCUCACUGCACAGGUCCUUGAUGCCAGCACUCUCAGCUACAGCACCAGGGUGAAAUGGUUCGUCAUAUGCUUUGCUGGAGGCAUCCUGUGUUCAAUACUCGGUUCAGCACUGCUGUUCCUUCCAAAUGGAAUCAAGCUUUUUGCCUUCUUCUACACACUAGGAAACAUCACAGCUCUUGCCAGCACCUGCUUCCUAAUGGGACCGCUAAAACAGCUGAAGCGCAUGUUUGAACCAACAAGACUGAUAGCCACCAUUGUUAUGCUGCUCUGCCUUGUCUUAACACUUUGCGCAGUGUUUUGGUGGCAUAAAAAAGGGCUGGCUAUCUUGUUCUGUAUUAUGCAGUUUCUGGCGAUGACGUGGUAUAGCAUCUCGUACAUUCCAUUUGCCAGGGAUGCGGUGAUGAAAUGCUUCACAACCUGUCUGAGUUAGGACACCUUAGUCCACAUUGUGUGAAGACUGGUCCUAAAAUGCAAACUGUAAGAACAGUGCCUUUGUAAAAUAUACAUCUCUUCUGUUUAUACAUUAUAUCUCCAGAUUUUUACUAUGGCUUGUUUCAUACUGUGAAUUCUCGCUUUUUAAGUCUAGCUGAUAACUACAGUAUAAUCAGAUACAACACUUACCUUUAGCUUUUAAUGUCAGAGAAAUUAGUGCCUUUAAUGCUAAUAUAUUUCAAGAUAUUCCUGUUUUCUGAGGAUUUUAUACCAUUUAAGUGCAGGGAAAUUAUUUUGAUUUUCUGUAAUUUACAACACAA